AGCGUUGUGAAAAAUAAUAUAACAAGAGGGAUGGAGAUGCAUACGCCUCAAAGGGACGUACGUUCAGCAGACGCGAUGAUGCCAAGAAGCCCACCGAUGAGUGAUACAACGCUGUACCCCUGGAAUUGGGGUGAGGAGGCAAGAAAUGUUAAUCUCAGCCCGGGCAGCUCCUGCUCUUCACCAGAGUACCGGGAUCAUCACCACAGCGGCAGCAGCGGUUCCUUGAAAGCCGGCGUUACACCUGGAACUAGAAACAGCAAUGAAAGUCACAGACGUGGUAGACCUCGUGCUGAUGCUUUGACCAAUCUGAUGAUGCAGGGCAGCACGUCGCCCAGCAGCAUCAAGUGCACCUUCUGCAACCGGGUCUUCCCUAGAGAAAAAAGCCUCCAAGCUCACCUGAGAACUCACACUGGUGAGAGACCGUACCCAUGUGAUUACCCAGGAUGUACAAAAGCAUUUACCCAAUCAGGCCAAUUAAAGACCCACCAACGACUGCACACGGGAGAAAAGCCAUUUUUAUGCACUGGUCCAGGAUGUGAGAUGAGAUUUACGCAUGCAAAUCGUCACUGUCCAGAUCAUCCUUACGCGACACUAACCCGGUCAGAUGACUUUGUCCUCAAACCAGUGUCAGGUAACACCGAACUACCCCACGACGUAACACGAUGGCUGGAGCGCUACAAAAUGGCCCGAGAUCGCGAGGACCGAACACCUACCGGGAAGGACCGCAAGAAAAAAUCCUGGAAGAGCUGCUCCGAUUACAAAAGACUAAAGUCCCGAAAAGGAUUGAUGAUGGACGCCGGGGAGCAGGAGAACCGGGACUGCAAGUCUCCAAACCAGCGAAUUUACUGCAGCGAGAGCCAAGACAGCCAGGAGGAGAGUCAGGACGACGAGGCGACUGAAGCUUGCCAAGUUCUUCACCACUCUGAAGACGAAGAUUCCGCCGCGACCACUGCCACAAAAUUAUCCGCGACUCCAGUGCGUCCCAUGUUCGACAGACUCCAGCCGAAGAAGCGAUGGCUUCGCGAAGCUUGUCGGGAGCAACUCGCGAAGCCUUUGGAGUGGGACUCGCAGCCCAAGAGACCAUUAAUCGAGCAAGAUGAAGCGCAAAUUGAAAGUACUCCCCUGAGAAGUGUCUCUUGUAUUCGGAAUUUCAACGAAGAAGUAGAUUUUCACUCUCUCGCGCCCGAUAAAUUAGAGGAAGAACCCAGUGAAGCUGCGAAAGGGUACGCAAGACCUCUCUGGCGGUCCGCGUCGCCCAAGUCCAGGUCUGACAGAGUUGGAAUGAACGUAGCUAAAGAACUGGUGUUUGACGAAACACCACUCCAGGAAACACCACCUCAGAACCUCUGGAGCCAUCAAUCUAUUAAUAGUAACCAAGUGCCAAUGUCCAAUGACCUCUGUCGCGGUAGUCUAGUUGAUAAUUUAAUUACUGAUUCAAAUAUUAAUGAUAAUUUAAGCGUUACUGAUUUAUCCUGGGGCCGUGAUACCAGUCGUGAUUUUCAAUGUAGUCUAGCGAACGAUAAUUUAAAUGAUAUUAAUUUAAACCCCACUGAUUUAUCCUGGAGCAGGGAUAAUACCGUUCGUGAUUUACACUCUAAUGAUAAUUUAAUUAAUAAUGUUAAUAAUUUAACAAAUAAAAGUGCUACUGAUUUAUCAUAUAAACCUCAGGGUUAUGAACAACUGCCUCGUUUACCUCAGCUUAGAGUCGAAGAAGAGCUAAAUAAAACAAGAUCCGAUAAUGGAACCAGGCCUACUGUUCUAAUGCUCGCUGGCAGUCAUUCUCAUCACGACUCACGUAAUAUCGUCCAGAGAGUUGGUUAUAAUAAUGACAACAGUAGUAUUUGUAAUAAUAAUAAUAAUAAUAAUUGUAAAGUUAUUGGGGCUGAAUCUGGAGACCAGAUUGUAAAAGAUCCAGCGAGUAGUAAACCUGACAAUAAAAAAUGGAUGGGUGCUCUGGCGCUUAUGGAACUCGCCAAGACUCAAGAAGAAGAUGACCGGGCUCAAGCCAUCGGGUCCGUAGACACUACUGAGAUUAUGGCAGUUCACUCUGACUUAAAGUAUACUCAACUUUAG